AUGGCAUCCAACGCCAAAGCCAUUUCGGGUCGAACAUUUGACUACAUUGUAUGUGGCGGAGGCACAGCUGGUUGUGUCAUCGCGGCAGAGCUUGCUUCAAUCCCCAAUAUUUCAGUUCUUCUGAUUGAAGCUGGGAGAGAUUCAGGUCUCGCACCAGAUGUUCUGGUCCCAGGGAAAUAUGUCAAGCAACUCCAAAAAGACAAGGAGGGACUAUGGGAGUUGGAGACAGUACCACAGAAGCAACUGAAUGGGAGGAAGUUGAUGUUCCUCAGAGGAAGACAGCUUGGAGGAAGUUCUGCUGUUAAUUAUAUGGCCCUUGCUCGGGGCCCGGCUGCGGAUUAUGAUGACUGGGCUAGGAUGGUCGGUGAUGAAGGAUGGUCGUGGAAGAACAUAUUGCCAUUGAUGAGAGAGCUCGAGGACUUUGACCCAACGUUACCUGCCUAUCUGCAACAUCUUGCUGGCCCCAAGAUAAAAGACCGCGGAACUUCUGGGCCUCUGAAAAUUGGGUUCGGUGAUGAGAUGGUUCCUGGCAUUGAGACAUUCGUGGAAGCAUGCCUGGAGAAUGGGAUUCCGCUAUGUCCAGACAUCAACUCAGGAAACCCCGUGGGUGUUGGAUUGGCGCAGUUCAACGUUCGAAAUGGAGAGAGAUAUUAUGCAGCGAAUGCUUGGUUGAACGAGUCAGCUCGGAAGUCUCUUCGGAAUCUGACUAUAGUCACCGAGACAGAGUGUGAUCUCCUUCAUUCGAGGAACGGAAUCGUCACUGGGGUGGAACUAUACCACCGACCUACAGGAGAGAACUUACAUGUGUACUGCCGCAAAGAGACUGUUCUCUGUGCUGGCACAUUUGGAUCUCCCAAGAUCCUUAUGCUGUCCGGUCUUGGUCCUAAAGAUACCCUGAAGCAGCACGGCAUUCAAGUCAAGGUUAACCUGCCAGGCUGUGGCCAAAACAUGCUCGAUCACUCAAUCAUUACCUGCGAAUACAAAGUGGACAAUUCCAUUCAAGCACACAACCAAAUAUUCUUGAACCCCGAUCUUCUUGCCGACGCGGAGGCAAGGUACGCAAAGGAUCAUACUGGGCCACUUGCCAUGUACGGUGCCAGUGGCACCUUAGCCUUCCCCAGGAUUCAGCGCCUAUUCAACUCAAAAGAAUUCUCCAACCUCAACGCCAAAGAACAAACGUUCCUGAUGGAGCCCUCAAGACCCUCUGCAGAAAUUUGGCUCGGAUCAGGGCCUUCGGUAUACCAAGAUGAUCGACCAGAACAAAGCUAUAUGACGCACGAGCUUUUACUCCAGAACAACCUGUCCCAGGGAACCGUCACAAUUCGUUCGAAAAAUCCACGCGACCUUCCGGUCGUGGAUCCGAACUUCCUUUCUCAUCCGUUUGAUCGGCGAAUUGCUAUCGAAAGUGUUCGUAUGGCGCUGAAGAUUGCUCGUUCCAAGGCUUACCAGGGAACUAUUGAGCGAUUGGUUCAUGGCCCUGAUCUGGAUUUCGCGACAGCGGAUCUUGAUGCAGUCAGUGAUGAGGUUAUUCUGGAUUUUAUUCGCAAGAAUCUGGAUCAAGGAUAUCACAGUGUGUCGACUUGUCGCAUGGGCAAGAGUAGUGAUCCAAAGGCUGUUGUGAACUACUCGUUCCGAGUUAAAGGGAUGCAAAACCUCCGCGUGGCAGACCUGAGCGUGUGUCCCAUUCUUACAUGUAACCAUACCCAGAUCAAUGCCUACUUGAUUGGUCUACGAUGCGCGAAGGAAAUGAUCACGAACCAUAAGGGACGAACAGAGCUUGCGAAAUUGUAG